AUGGGGAAAAUCCCACCAUCACUUCGGUCCUCAGUUUCAACCUCACUUAUCAAAAAGCCAUCUUCUUUAGUCCCAAACGAGUCCCCAUCUCACAGAACCCAUCACUUUCCCAAGAAAACCACCAAGAAAAUCCCACCCCAACUUUCCGAGAAAACCAGAGAACCAACCUUCAGAAACCCCUUCACCUCCGCCAACCUCUCAGACGCGAAGAAGGUCUUCAACUCCAUCGUCACCACCACAAAAGUCCCACUUGACCUUCGCGUCCACAACGCCCUCCUCCAAUCCUAUGCCUCAAUCUCCACCCUCAAUGACUCCAUCUCUCUCUUCAACCACAUGAUCAAAACCCACCCUCCUUUCUCUCCCGACCGAUCGACCUACCACGUUUUGCUUUCCCAGUCCUGCAAAGCACCUGAUCAGACCCUCAAACCCGUACACCAAGUCCUCAACUUUAUGCUCACCAAUGGCUUCAGUCCCGAUAAGGUCACCACGGAUAUCGCAGUCCGGUCACUCUGUUCGUCUGGUAAUGUUGGCCUUGCCGUGGAAUUGGUCAAAGAAAUGUCGCUUAAAAACGCAGCACCGGAUUCUUAUACCUACAAUUUUCUUGUUAAGUGUCUCUGCAAGUCAAGUGCUGUGAGUACUGUUUAUGAUUUCAUUGAAGAAUUUAAAACGUCUUUCGGUUUGAAGCCUGAUAUUAUCACUUAUACAAUUUUGAUUGACAAUGUGACUAAUAGAGAGAAUUUACGUGAGGCUACUAGGCUAGUGGAUGUGUUGGCUAAGGAGGGAUUUAGGCCUGAUUGCUAUAUUUACAAUACAAUUAUGAAAGGUUGUUGUAGGUUGAAUUUGGGCAAUGAGGCACUUGAGGUUUUGAAGAAUAUGAAGGAGAAUGGUGUGGAGCCUGAUCUUGUAACGUACAAUACUUUGAUUUUUGGGUUAUCGAAAUGUGGGCGAGUUGUUGAGGCUAAGAAGUAUUUGGGUGUCAUGGUUGAGAUGGGUCAUUUCCCGGAUGCGGUGACAUACACUUCAUUGAUGAAUGGAUUGUGUCGGAAAGGGGAUGUCUUGGGUGCAUUAGGGUUGUUGGAGGAGAUGCAAGAAAAGGGGUGCGAACCGAAUGUUUGCACGUAUAAUACGUUGCUUCAUGGAUUGUGUAAAGCAAAAUUGUUAGAGAAAGGGCUAGACUUGUAUGGUGUGAUGAAAGAAUGUGGGAUGAAGCUUGAUACAGCUUCUUAUGCUACACUUGUGAGGGCACUUUGUAGGGAGGGGAGGGUGGCAGAUGCUUAUGAAGUGUUUGAUUAUGCAGUUGAGAGUAAGAGCGUAACUGAUGUUGCUGCUUAUACAACUUUGGAGGGUACACUGAAGUGGCUUAAGAAAGCAAGGGAACAAGGCCUUGCUACCUAA